AUGUCGGGCUCCGGUUAUGACGCUGUGGUCGACGUGGACGACGAGGGCGACCUCGGCCACACUGACCUGCAAGAAGACGGCCUCGAAUUCCACAACUCGACGUUCCAAGAGGGCACGCGCGGCGGGCGCAGCAAGGCCGGCGGCUCCUCGGGACUGCCGCCGCCCGUGACGGCGUCGUCGUCUUCCUCGCAGAAGCGCUUCCUGUGGUCCAUGUCGUUUUACGCGCAGUUCUUCGACGUGGACACGUCGGCGGUGCUGUCGCGCUGCUGGGCGGCCCUCUUCCCGCGGGACAACUUUCUCGACGUCCUCGAUGGCAACCCCGACCUGUACGGGCCGUUCUGGAUCGCCACAACGGUGGUGCUGAUUCUGUUCCUGGGCGGCAGCAUCAGCCAGUGGCUGGCGACACGGGGCACGGUGCCAUUUGCGUACGACUUUCGUCUUCUCAGCGGCGCCGCUGGCCUGGUGUACGGGUACACCCUCGUCAUCCCCAUUGUGCUCUUCCUCGCGCUGCGCUACUUUGGCAGCGAGUCGGCCAACCUGCUCGAGUGCUGGGCCCUGUACGGCUACUCAAACCUCAUCUGGAUCCCCGUGGCCUGCAUCAGCUGGUCGCCGAUUUCGAUCCUCAACUGGACGUUUGUCGCCGUCGGCUUUGGCGUGUCGGUCGCGUUCUUGCUGCGCAACCUGUACCCGGUGCUGAGCGCCACGGACCGCCAGACGAGCAAGGUGCUGCUCAUCAUUGUUGUGGCCCUGCACUUUGGCCUCUCGCUGGCCAUUAAGAUUCUCUUUUUUGCGCACGGCAGCCCCGUCGCCAAGAAGCCGACAGAAGGCGGUGGUGAGGAUGCCGGCGGUGGUGAGGAUGCCGGCGGUGGUGAGAAGCUCUUCUUCCUUUUUUAA